UUUUUUUUUUUCUUCUUCUAAUAAAUGUUUCCUGAAGGUUUAUUUUAUAUUUUAUCUCGUAAGCAUGGAUUUGCACUUGAUGUUUAUGAUGGACAAACAAAGGACGAUGCAAAUAUAAUUGUUUGGCCGCAGAAAUUUCAAGAUAGUGAUAAUCAGUUAUGGAGUUAUGAAAAAGGACGUUUAAUUAAUAAAAAGUCGGGCCUUGCUUUGGAUAUUAGCUCAAGUGCGUUCAAGAAGGAUAAAACGAUUGUACAGAAAAAGAUCAAAGCUAAUAAACAGUCUCAAGAGUGGAUUUAUGAUCAAGGAUUUAUUUGCUCAAAGGAAUUUCCAAGUCUUGUACUUGAUAUUAGAGGAGACAGUGCUAAAGGUGGUGCUCAAGUAUUAUUGUACAGACGUAAAGCAACAGAUAAUUUAAAUCAACUCUGGCAAUUUGAACCUUAUCAUCAAUUUGAAAAUGCUUUAAAUAUGGCUGCUACAAGUAUGCCAUUGCAUAAAAAGGAAGGAUUUGGUCAACCAAGACCUGGCUAUGGUGCUGAGCCUGGUGUUCCUCCUGAAUUAACCCAAGUUCCAGAAAAUAACAAGAUUGCUGGUGUUGGAAAUAACCCAACAUCUACUUCUGUAAAUUCAGGUAAUUCUCGAGUAGAUCCUGUAUUAUCACAAUAUGGAUCAUUUUAUGGUGGAACUCCUACUGCACCCCCAAAACCCCAGCCAGGACAGCAAGCACCCUCUUUACCACCCAAAAAUGUCGCCGAUCUUUAUCCUCCUCCCUCUCAUCAACCCACUUCACCUAUCAAUACGACAUCAACUUAUCCACCCUCCCAAAAUAAUAAUAAUGAUCAUCAUCAUCUUGGCUAUCCUCCUCCAAGUGGUAAUAAUACGGCUUAUCCUCCACCCUCGUCUUCCAAUUAUCAGCAGCAUCAAGGCCCUCCACCACCACCACCACUUCCUCCCUUGAGUUCUUCUGUAAGUAAUAGUUAUCCUCCACCUAGUGGUUAUCCACCUUCAUCUGUAGCUGGCUAUCCUCCUUCACCAGUAGCUGGCUAUCCUCCUCCUUCACCUUCCAAUUAUAUGAAUACUACUACUGCUUACCCACCUAAUACAUCUAAUAUGCCUGGCUAUCCUUCCGCUGCUGCUAGUUUCCCCGAACCUCAUCAAAAUGAGUAUUAUCAACAAGAUAAUAGUCAUGGCUUUCCACCUCCUUUGCCACCUAACAGGCCUAAUAACACAAAUAACAAUACAUAUGGUUAUCCUUCCUAUCCUCAGUAAUAUUUAAAUAAAUGUUAUAUAGUAUUUUGUGUAUUAAUUAUAAAAUAAAAAAAAAGGUAUAUUAAUCCUUUAAAUAUACUUAGUAGACGUAAA